AUGCCCGACAACUUGGACCAAUCGCAAGCCCAUCUAUCCCAAUCCGAUUCCCAGACCAACUCCAGCAAUAGCAGCAUGUCCACCACCAACGAUGUCAAACAACACCGCCGCUACUCGCGUUGGUGCCGCGUGCUCGGUGUCACGCAAGUCGUGCUGCAGACUGUGUAUCUGGGGUUGAACUACAGGCUUAAUGGGCAUCUGACGGGUCUGCAAAUGACGACCGCGGGGUUGUAUAUACUGGGUGCGGCGCUUAUGGAGGUUGAUUUGAGGAGGAAGGAGAGGGAGUUUUGGAGUAUGGUGGAGAACGGGGGGAGGAGGGAUGUCGAGAAGGGGAGGCUGGCUUGGGAGGAGAAGGCUGUGAAUGGGGAGAAGGAGGUGAAGGAGGAGGGGAGGGUUGAUGCGAAGACGGGGUUUUUGGGCGAGGGAGCGGAAGGGGGAGAGGAGAGAUACAAGGGUGAGGAUGGUGGUGAAGAGAAGGUGGAAGUAAGGGUUGAAGAGAUGAAGGAGGGCUCUGAGAUUCACAACAUCUGGUCCAGCAACGAGCACCAACCCGAACGCACAUUCCCCCGCCACAUUCCCGGCGAAAUCAGUUCAAGGGAAGGUAAAAUUGAAGGCAUCACCAUCGAUACCAUGUACGACACCGACUGUCAUGGAGACGAUGGAGAUGCCCACAUCUACUUCACCAUCGCAUACACCAACGGCACACUCGCCUACGACCCGCGCGGCCGACCUGGCCUCUUCGCUUUCACAACACCCUGGUACAUCUCGUACCCAAAAACGCUGCGAAAAGCCAUCUUCAACGACGCAACCCCGUAUCGCUCCAAACAAAAGUCCGAGGACUGCAAGCACGGCCACUGUUUCAGUGAGGUCCUGCCGGGGUUACUGUAUAACGACGAGCCUGUCAGAUUGAAGCGCGUCAAGAACCCGAAGACGCUGAGAAUGUCAUCAAAGACGUUUGAUAUCGAUCGGGACUACUUUGCGCUUGGCGAGUGUCACUAUGACGACAGCCUACUCGAUAUCUGGAGGAUGAGUGUGUAUCUCGGUAGGAUUGGAUACUAUAUCCACGGCGCCAACAUCCCACCUGCUGUCAUCGACUAUGUGGAAGAUAGAGUACGAACGACGUAUCCGACGCUGGAAAUUUGCCUGAUACUCUGGGGGACACUUGGUGCUAUUCCGACUCUCAUAUUCGUCUUCAUUCUCCUAGUCUAUAUAGUGAUUGUGGCAGCUGCGUUGCACCAUAAUGUGCCACAGAUGUGGGCUUCUGCUAAACGUAGCCGUGAGGCUAUGUGGAAAACUAUCACCAUGGCGCCGGGUAAGGGAUGGGAUGCGGUGAAGGGACGUUGGAAGAGAGGGUUCAGGCGCCAGAGGAGUGUAGUCACGCCACCGAAUACGGUGCAGUCGACGGUGGAUGAGCAGCUGCCGACUUACGAACUUCCCGAGUGGACACCUUCGGAACUUGCAAGGCCGCCGAGUUAUCGUACGUAUGAUGGUGGUUGCGAGGGGUUUAAUGCUGUCUGA